AUGGCUGCAACAAAAACGGGACGAAGCCAUUGUGGCCAUCCAAGAGCUGACCGUCCGGAACUGUCCAAAAGUAUGGAAAUGCCGGUGAAGGUGCAAGAGGUGCAGAGGGUGUACGUUGAAGGUGAAGGCAUCGUGUGGGAAAAACUGGGCAGCGAAGAAGUGCGAAACCGUGCGAUGCCGGGUAUCAGCGUGGUGAAGAAGUGGUUAAAGGGAAAACGCUGGAAAGGCCUGGUCCAAGAACUGUCUCCAGAUCUGGACAAUCGACCAAAGACUGUGCAAACGCCUGCCGCCUACGAUUGGUUUCACCUGAAAGGAAAUGGUCAUCUCUAUGACGACACCGUGGACGCCUACUUCCACUUGUUGGCCAAUAGCCAACAAGAGACGAAGUGCCACGUCCUCAAGUCCAUUUACUGGCAGACAGAAAUGCUGGUGCCUGACCAUCUGGAUGAUGUCGAUGUGACAUUCCUGUGGCCGGUGUGCGACAACGCCCACUGGUGGAUGUAUGAGGUGCAUCCAUCCCGGCAAGAGGUGACGGUCUGGGACUCUCUUUACGAGAAGGGACACCAUUCCGUCUACCUGGAGCGAUUCGAGACGGCACGCCAGCGAUUGGACAAAGCCUGGCCCGGAAAGAACUGGCACGUGAGCUACGUCCAGAAAAAAGACCAAAACGACGGCAACAGCUGCGGAGUGUGGACCUGCAUCUAUGCAGAUGCUCUGAUUCGACGUUCACUUCCGUACGCCACCAUGCAAGAUAUCCCGCAAUGGAGAGAGCGACUGCUCUGGGAGCUCGUGAUGGGCAGACGGGCUGACAUGUCAGAGCUGCUGCCAGUGCACGGAGAAGAAGGACGACCGAUCGAGAAGAUCCUGCUCGUUGUACCUGCUGAAGAAGAGGCGAGACCCCAGAAAAGAGGCGCAGCACCCCGGCGAAGCCGUUCUGCUUCAAACGAGCGCUCACCAUCGAAAGCCGUCCCAAGGCGUCGCAAAGGGAAGAAAAGCAAUAAGGGAGCCCGGUCCACCGAAGCCAAACCGGCGAAGACAGCUAAGGUGGAAAGAGCCGAAGCGGAACCGAAGUCGGGACUGGCAACGAAAGAACAGAAGGUCGCGCCGCAGCCGCAUUCAAAUCCCAACAUCCUUCGAACCGAGGCAGGCGGGCGCAUCGUCUUUGUCCCACACACCAACCAGCCUCCGAUGCUGUCGAUCAUUUUCGGGGCACAAAGCGAGUCGUCGGUCGGCCUGCACCACGUACUCGAGCAUAUGAUGGUGCAUCGCUCGAACCAUCCGGAUGGGAAGCAGAGCCAUGAGCUGUUGGAGCAUGUCCUGGCCAGGUGCGAGACUCGACUGAUGGCGUCGACAUACUACGAGGGUUUCACCGUACUCACGAGAAAGGCCUGCUCGAAAUUCUCCAGCACUGGAUUGGCCAAUUACUGCGGCCGCCCGCCUUCUCCGAGGCUGAUCUUGGGGGUCACGUCUACGAAGGAGUGGGCCGGCGUUCUCUACAAUGAGUUGGAAGAAAUGCGCCUAACCGGGGAGACCGGUCGACCGCACACGGCGGCAGCCAAGCUACUUUUUGACCCGGACUUCAAGUUUGCUGAAGGCUCGGUUGGCGAGUCCCGUGAUCUGGUGCAGGCGUCACUGAAGCGAAGCUUAGUCGACGAGAUCAAGCAACUCCAUCAGUUCCACUACAUCCCAGAGAACAUGGCAUUCUUGUUUGCAGGACAAUACGAUCAGCCAGCAGUGAAGACCAAGCUCGACGCCAUACUGACACUGCAUAAGAAGGCCAUGCCACAAGAGGCGAUCCUGCCCAAGUUCACGGCACAGUUCGAUCCAGACAACGGGCUUGUCAAGCACACCGAAAUCGAGGUUCCAGAGAUGGAAUUUCCCGUCGUUAACCUCAAUCCCGGCGAGACGGAGAUCAACUCAGGCGACUUGGUG